CGGCCUCUCAGUGGCGCUUCCCGCUCCCCCGCGGCGCGGCUACGCCCAGCCGCGGACGGGGGUCGGGAUCCCCUCUCGACUCACUUGGGGCGCUGGAGGGUGGACGCGGAUGCUGGGUGAGGGGCGGUGAAUGGGCUCUGACCUCCAAUUCCGGGCCGCCUCCCGCCCACUGUUGUCAGAUGUAGCUAAUCAGCGGCCAAGGAGCGUCAUUAAAGGUCGCUGGUUGCAGUUCCCCAGCGGAGCUACCUACUAAGGGGACUCCAACUCAGAUUCGUAAAGCCACUGAUUGUCAGAGCGAAAACGACUUGAGAGCGUCAAGCAACUCACAUUGAUUGCACUCGCCGAAACAAGCCCAAAGAAGGAUCAUGCAGCUAGUUAGUAAGCAAUUUAAACAACUUCUUUGAAGCAGCGUCACCCUUUACACCAGAAAGCUGGCGGGCACUAUGGGGAAAAAACAAAACAAGAAGAAAGUGGAGGAGGUGCUGGAAGAGGAGGAAGAAGAAUAUGUGGUGGAAAAAGUUCUUGACCGCCGAGUGGUAAAGGGCAAAGUGGAGUACCUCCUGAAGUGGAAGGGUUUCUCAGAUGAAGACAACACAUGGGAGCCAGAAGAGAACCUGGAUUGUCCUGAUCUCAUUGCUGAGUUUCUACAAUCACAGAAAACAGCACAUGAGACAGAUAAAUCAGAGGGAGGCAAGCGCAAAGCUGAUUCUGAUUCUGAAGAUAAGGGAGAGGAGAGCAAACCAAAGAAGAAGAAAGAAGAGUCAGAAAAGCCACGGGGCUUUGCCCGGGGUUUGGAGCCAGAGCGGAUUAUUGGAGCUACAGAUUCCAGUGGAGAGCUUAUGUUCCUGAUGAAAUGGAAAAACUCUGAUGAGGCUGACCUGGUCCCUGCCAAGGAAGCCAAUGUCAAGUGCCCACAGGUUGUCAUAUCCUUCUAUGAGGAAAGGCUGACGUGGCAUUCCUACCCCUCGGAGGAGGAUGACAAAAAAGAUGACAAGAAUUAACUCUCCUGAGUACCAGCCCCUGUCAUCUGACUGUGGGUUUCAAUGGGGAAGGAAGGAGUUCUGCUUGUCUUGACACCAUAGAGGUGGCUUGAGAAGAUGUCCUUUGAAGAGCCAGUAUAGUUUCUGUGCCCUGCAGCAGCCCAAGUGCUUUAAAGCCGUUCCAAGCUGUAUAGUUUGCACACCCAUCCCAGUGGAGGGGAAUGGGGAUAAGUGUUUAAAGGCAACCUGUUCUGCACUUUGCUGAGAAAAGCAAAGGGCCUUCUAUGAAGGACAAUACUUGCAGAAUUCGGUGUGUGGGAGAGUAAAAAGAUACUGUAGAUCUUCAAAGAGCAUCUCCACAACCCACAGCCUUCUUCCCAAUAGUGUUAACCGCAUUUUUACAGCGUAGCAUGUGUGUAGUUUUUGGCUAUUUCUGGUGUAUUAUUUUGGGG